AUGGAAUAUUUGGGAAAUACAAAAUUCUUUCAUGAGACCUACAACGUGAUUUCAUACUAUAAUUUGGACGAACUCACUUGGGAGGAGAGCGAAAUCACUAAAGGAUUGAAUUUCAUGGAAAAUCUGUGUUCUCAAAAUUGCAUAGAAAAAAGAUUGAUUCAACGGCUACGUGAACAAUUAAACAUCAUUCGUAACGAUAAGUACACACUGUUUUCAACCAUCGGCGUACCAACCCUUUAUCGAAAUAAACGUGGUUUGUUUGACUUUGUGGGAAAAAUAAGCAAAAUUUUAUUUGGAACUAUGAGUGCAGAUGAUGCAGAGUAUUAUAACAAAGAAAUAGAUGCAGUGCAUAAUGAUAACAAACUAAUCGGGGAAUUAUUCAGAAAUCAGACUCACACAAUUCAACUCUUUCUUCAAAAAAGUGAAGGGCUUUUUCGUGAAUACAAUGAUACAUUCAAUAAAAUCAAUCUAAAUUUCCAAAAUCUUGGUAAUGAAUUAAAUGAAUUGAUAAAAAGAGACAAGGUAUUAGCAAAAGAUUUUUUGUUAACAGAAAUGUGUUUGGAAAUUGAAUUAGCAUUGAUAGGACUAGACAGAAAUGUGAGGAUUUUAAUAGAAUCGAUCAUGUUUGCAAAAACUGGUCAGACAAACCCUCAACUAUUAUCGCCGGAAUUAUUAAUGAGUGCUAUUAAAUCAAUAAAAGAGGAAAAGGGAAGCGAUCAGAUUCCCAUCCCCGUUCAUGAUGGUAACUAUUUCGAAUAUUUGGAAGUCAGUGAUGUGGCUAUUAGUGUCAUAGGAUACCGUUUUGUGUAUGUUACAAAAAUACCAAUUCUCGAAGUCGAAAAUUACAAAGCAUUCAGAGUGAUUCCAGCUCCGAAAUUGAUUGGAAACAACUUAAUUGCAUACAUCUCGAAUCCACACGAUUAUAUUAUUACUAAUGAUGAAAAAUUAUUGUACACCCCGAGCGACGAACGUUUUUUAGACACCUGUAAGGUGCACCAAUCUCGAUAUUUUUGCAAAAGGAUAAACCCGAAAUAUUAUAUGAAAGCACACGACACUUGUCUGAGUAAAAUAGUAAACGAACCUCUAAAGUUGAACAAAAACGACUGUACUAUUAAAAUAGUCCACGUAACUCACACGAUGUGGGUUUAA